AUGGGAUUGCUAUUUCCAGUCGCGUUUGUUGUGCUGGAUGCAGAGUCAUUUCCGAUUUCCAUCCAAGGAGAAAGAAACUCCCCGCAGGGUAAUCAACCUGUGGCUGUCAUUAAUCAAAGUUUAUCUCCCGUUCCUUUUUCUCUCGUUUUUUGUCACCUUCCCUUAGGAUGCGGGAAUGGCAAAUACCUUGGAAUCAACGACCAGACCUUCAAGAUUGGCUCUGAUUGCUGCGUAAAUCUUGUGGACAUAUCCGCCAAGAGGGGCCACGAGGCCAUGGUGUGCGAUAAUCUGCGCCUCCCGUAUCGUAGCAACUGCUUCGAUGCCGUCAUCUCCAUCGCGGUUGUCCACCACUUUGCCACGGUUGAGCGGCGCGUCCAGGCCAUUCAGGAGCUGGCGAGGAUAUGCCGACCUGGAGGACUGGUCAUGAUAUACGUUUGGGCUCUGGAGCAAAAACAAAGACAGUUUGAUGCUCAAGAUGUGUUGGUGCCGUGGCAUCUCCAGCCCAAGAACAUGCGAACCAGGAGAAGCAAAGGAAAACCGAACAGCAAGAACCAGAAUCACAACAGCAGCAGUUCAGCCAGUGAUGAUGACGACGUGAAGACAAACAAAAAACCAGACAAGGCGCUCAACGGGAAGACAGACGGCAAGCUAUCAAAAAUGAAAGUCCAUCCAGCCAUUGUGUCAGCCCAGAAUGGAGGUAUGCGAUCCAGGAAGACCAAGACACUCCAGAGGCAUACAACAGAGAGGGACUGGCUCCGGGAGAAGUUUCCUAACCGUAGGGACCAGCCAAGAUCAGAGGAAGCCAGGGUAUUGAGGAAGUGCUAUAGCUGUGAGGAGAGCGUCGUUCUGAGUGCUAAACCAAGAGUCGCCAAGACCAGGUGCCAGUCAGACAGCGGGAUGAGUAGACGAAUGAUGAGCAGGAGUAGUAGUGUAGAAGAAGGAGAGAGGGGAGGGACUAUGUGGGAUGGUUUCCUCCAGGUAUUUCCUGCAUCCUACUCACCUACGUCCCCAUUCAGAAGUGAGGAUGACAUGACCCAAGGUGAUGUCAAUAGUGUCUUUGGGGAUGACGAUGAUGAUGACAUUGAUGAGAACACCAAGAACCAGUGGUGUAUCAUAAAUAAAGACGGUUCUAUGGGCUUCUAUGAAAAUGGACACAAGAGUGGUCAGUCCCUUAAGAACAGGCACCCCCGUUCCCACCUUCUGCUAAAUGGCUCAGGCAGUUGUGACAGUAUUCUACCAAAGCAUUCAAAACCUCUCAGAAAUAUAAAAAAGCGAACUUCACCUCUGUUAAGCUCUCAGUCACUGGAUGAAAGAGAUUUUGAAAGAACCAGCUCACCCCGAACUUCCUUAGAAAAAUUUGGUGCUAAUAGGAGAAAUCUGUCUUCUUUCUCACAUAACUCCGAAGGUGCAAUAGAUGUCAAGAACCUUAAUAAGGGAAGUGACUUGAAGGCAUCAACAUGGAGUAGCGACACAUCAGGGUUUGUUAGUAAUGGUAGCGUCAAUGGAGAAUGCUCAGAGGCCACUAAGAAGUUGCUGAAUUGGCGAAAGCUACAACUCAAACUUAAUCUUCGGUCUGAUGAGACCAAAGAAAAGGGCUCCAGUCCAUGGAAUGGGGUUAUCACCAAGUCCUUAGAACUCUUGUAUAAAUCUGAAGGAAAGACAGGCAAGAAGCCAGUAGUUGGGUUGAACUUUACAUCUGCAAGGGGAGAGAUCUUCAAGCCCUUGAAAAGAAGGAAUCGUUUGUCCCAGUCAGGAUCAGAAAAGGACCUUGAGUCCUCUUUUGAUUCUGUGUCCUCCUCAGAUGAAAGUUUGACAGCGUACCCUAUCAAUCCAACCAAACAAUCCCAACUGAACAAAGAGCAGACUCCCGCAUCUGACUUGCGAACUCGCUCCAUCUCCCUCACUAUGCUUGAGAAGCUCAUGCCCAAAGAUUUCAAAUUCCCUGAGAGCCCGCUGGCUUUAUCAAGGAAACCGUCCUCUGAAAGUCUUUCCCUCAACCAGGACGACCCAUUAGAGCCCCAUGACCCUGGACGGCAUUCAAAGAAUGUUGUCAACUCCAGGAGUGAGUUUGGUAAGAGGCGGCCAGCCAGUAACCCCAACCUGAGGUGCAACCAUCAAGAUGAGAGAAGCAAAACUCCAGAAGGUCAGGUCCAGAAGGAAGAAGACAAGACCAAUCCCAAGAACCCCACAGAUGCUUCCCUUUAUCUACGCUACUACCAUGUAUUCAAGGAGGGUGAACUAACAGACUUGAUUGAAAGAAACAUUGAGAAUCUUCACAUAGUUAAAAGCUACUAUGACCAUGCUAAUUGGUGUGUGGUUGCAGAGAAAGUUGAAGUGUGGAGGAUAUGAUGGGACAAUCGUGCAACAGAUUUUAUAGUAUUUUAUACAGAGAUCUAAUAUAGCCUGAUAAAUGGUAUUUUUAAUCAAAAGAGGAAUAUUAAAUUAUUUUUGUGUCAUAGAAUAAGUGCCCUUGUGUAUUCAUGUUGUCCAUUGAAAAUCAUUAUUUUUAUAGAUAUUUACAGUAUCAUUAACAGUAAAAUAUUCCUGUUGCCCUCAAAUGUUAGUCCUUAUCUUGAUGUUAGAAAUGCUCCAUUCAUCUUUUAGGUUCUGAUUUUAGAUUGUUCCCCGAGCUCAAAUGAUAGUUCUUUGUUAAGUAUUUGUUUUUACAUAUAUAUUCUUCAUGAUAGACAUUCCAGUUCAAACAUGUUAUAUUCAUGGAUUCCAUGUGUGUGUGUUCUCUAGCUGCAUAAAGUCAUGAAAAGAAGUUGAGAAAAUGGACCCAUGUUUGGCAUGGUUCCUUACAUUUUGAUGCAACCCCUACAUUUUGUACAAUAAAUCUAUGCAUGCUUAUUGUAAGGUGCAACUAUUCCUGUUUACAGACCCAUUGUAUAUGCAUCAACAUGAUUUGAAUAUGUAUGUGUCAAAGAUAGAAAAACAUAAUGUACUGUGCUUUCAAUAUAAUGAACAUUCCUCUCUCACUUAAUUUUGGUCUUCAGUCAGAAGAGUACCUCUGAGAAAAUGAAGUGUAUCACAUCUAGCAAAAUAUGCAACUGUUGGUCAGUGUCAAAAUAUAAUUCCUCAAUUUUGUGAUACUGGAUACCUCUAGGCCCUAGAGCUUUAAAUCCCUCAUAAUAAAAUGUACAAGUUUCAAAGCAUACACGGUUCUCAGGUUUAAAUGUGGUCUAUGCAGAAACUUCAUAGUUAUAUUGCAAAGUAAAGUCAGUGAGGUUCUAAAGACUACACCAUACCUGGUUUGGUCGGUAGCAGAAGGCUACUGGAAUGAGACUUUACAAAGGUCCAGAUGUAACGUCUUUAUAUAUUGAACAGAUAAUAGGGGAGGUGUAGCCACUCUAUCCAAAGUUUGAAGAAAGGACUUUCCCCAAGUAAUCUUAAAUGUGAUAAAUAUAUAAUGGUGACUGUGAAUACAUGUAUCACCAUUGCAAGUGGCCAAGAUGAGAGGAAGUUCUCAUUUUAAUUAUUCUGUAAUUUGAUAAUAAGAAAUUUUAUCAAUGAAAAUCUCCCUGUGUAAUGAAUGAUUGGGGAAAGUAAGAUCUAUGAUUUAUAUUAGUACACCUUAUCUUCAGUGAAGGUAACCAAUUUGUAUACUUGAUUGUCUUGUGUUGAAUUGCUUUAAGACCUCAACAUUACCAAGUCCGCCACCUUAUGCAUUCCCCAAAUGUAGUAUCGUGCAGAUUUCUGCUUUGAUUUCAUGCGAUAUGAUGAAUAGGAAAGAUGUUCAUAUCCCAAUAGGUCAUUUUGUUAGAUCCUGUUAUGUCAAGUAAUGUAAAGUGGACCUCUACAAUUAAAUAAAAUAAAAAUAAAAGGGGGGGGGGGGGUGGUAUGAUUUGUGAGAUUGUGGACGGAGAUGAAAUAUAUCAAUAGCCUAUUGCCAAGGAAUCAACAUACAUUUUAAAGCUCAAUUUUCAUCUGUUUUGAAUUGACAAAUCAUGUGCCUACAAAUUAAACUUUAACAUAUCUUUACAUUGUUAUUCAUUAACAAAGUUGCAUAGUUCUAUUAAUUACAGUGAAUUGGUUAUUAUAUAAUUUAGUGAUAAUGUUAAGGUGUUCAAAUUCACAGAAUUUUUAAAGUUAUUAUUGGAAUUUGUUCAUGCAAUGUUUCAUAAGGUAACAAUAUUCUUUAAUUUUAUUCAAAGCGUUGACAGCAAAACUGGGAAGAUUCAGGCAAUUCAUUAUUUUCAGAGAAUUUCAUUCCUAUCUUCUGUUAUAUCAUGUCAAUCCAACUGUUUUGUGAACAGAGAAAAUGGUAUAAACUUUUGUUUUGAAAGAAAUAUUUUUCAUUUUUGUUUUUUAGUUGUUGUUAGUUUUACACAUCUGAUUGGUUUUGAUGCAUUUCAUUUUUCAGUGUUAGAUAUUAUGCUAGUGAAAUGGUUUCUUCUUUCACAUUCAUGAUGCUAUUUUGUAACUAAUUGUCAUGCAGAUAAUUACUGUCAUGUUAUGAAACUAUUUGAACUGUUGAAUUGAUUUUGUAGUCACCUUUUCACUUGUGCAAAUCUUCACAUAUAAAUAUAUACUUCUUUGUAACAUGUCCUGGUUUUGUAAAAUAGAUAUAAAGUGUAUGCCAUGUGAGUUCAGAAAGUUUCAAGUCCCACAUCCAUGUUAUGAAUGUUUCAAUGGACUUUAAUGUUCUGAUAAAACUAUUGUCAUUUACUAUUUUGACUACAAACAAUCCAUUUCUUUUUCACUCCUAUUAGUGAUUUGAUUCUUAUUGACUUUAGAUUCUUUGUAUAUGUACAUUAUUUCUCUAUGUGGCUACCAGGUAUUAUUGUGCUAGAAGUAGUUCAUUUUGGGGUUAGUUGUCUACAUGAUGCAAGUCACCAUGAAGUAUUAUUUCACAGAAGUUUUGUCGGUAUGAAUGAUUACCAAUACACUUUACCUUCUGAUAGUCCGUAAACUGCCAAAAUCAUUAGGUUGUUUCCAAUAUUUCUUGACAAAUACUGAUAGAUUGUCAUUUUUCUUGGAAGUUGGAAUAUGGUCUCAUGAAUUGUGAAUUUUUGCAAUCAUUUAAUAAUGAUCGCAUCAGGAUAAUCAUUCAAAAGGCGUUACGGUACUUGAUUAACAUCAUUAUAUUUGUGAUACAUAUUUGCUGAUGCCAUAAAGGUGAAGCUUUCAACCUCAAUUCGUCAUUUUGUCAA